GGGGAUGGAGGGAGGAGCUUUCUUUCUCUCCGUCUUUUCUUUUCUCACUCGGGACGCGUAAAGCGGAGCGGAUCUGGAGCGGAGCGGCACCAACCCGCAGGUUCUGCAGAGGAGGGACCAUCCAGCGGGAGGAAGAGGAGGAAGAGGAGGAAGAGGAGCGGCCGGCCAGCAGCGGGGCUCCGCAGCGGUGGAUGUAGCUGUUUGCGCCUGUUUUUUGCGGGUCAUGUGCGGCUCCUCUCCAACUUAGUGAGUCUGUGGUCUCAUGGUGAGACGCGGCGGCGCAGAGGAUGGGAGUCACCUGGUCCUCCAAGUGCCUCAGACUCCUGCUGGUUCUGCACAUCGGUGAGCGGAACUUCAUCAUUUCACACCUUCAUCUCGUUGCUGCGCGUUUUUCCUGCGCGCUCAGGGAAACUUUCAUUCCCUUUCAUCUCAUUUCAUCCGGAUUGUUUCUGGUGAAUUUAUUAAAAAUGAAAUUUUGGCGUUUUGUUUCCUCCAGUUUGGCUUCAGCGUGGUUUCUGUCUUCUCCCGCCAGUUACUGGGAUAACUUCCAUUCCUGCGCCACGACGGCGCUGGCCGACUGCCAGGAGGGGGCGACGGACCUCUGGGAGAAGCUGAAGAAGGAAUCCCGCAACCUGAAUUUCCGUGGGAGUUUGUUUGAACUGUGUGGCGGCGGAAACGGCGCGGCCAGAUCCGCCGGCGGCCUCGGCCUGCUGCUCAGCGCGCUGCCCGCCGCUCUGACUUGGCUGGCGUUUUAACGGCCCGCAGGAAUAAAACUCGAUACGUCCAACACGUAGUUAGGGACCGGAGUGGAAGCUGCGCCUCCAGACUGAAAACAGACAGUUUGCAUUCAUCAGAAGAAAACAGCAGAAUUGCGGCGGCGCUACGGAAGCCUGGUUGGCCUGCGGGGGAGCUCGUCCAAUCACACGCCACCUCACCCAGAGGCCAAUAACAUGAAAUAUUCAA